AUGACUAGGUGUCCCACAAGGCUGACCAGUCCGAGUACCAGUGCGAAUCACGUAAGAGCAGCGAACAGCACUGAGAGACCCUCCACUCUGAGCGUACCACUCACGAAGCUGGCGAGGCGUGAGAGACACGCGAGAGGGUCGCGGGAGCUGCAUCUGGCCGCCACCACGAGUAGAAGCAGCAGGAGUGGUAGUAGGAGUAGUGCCGCCACCCCUACAGCCCCAACCAGCGUACCACUCACGCAGCUGCUGGGGCGUGAGGGACUCACGCAGGCGUCGCUGGGGCUGCAUCUGGCUCCGCAAGUAGAAGCAGGAGCAGGACUAGCAGCAGGAAGGCAGGCAGCCAGCUCGGCGGCUCUGCGGCUCGGGCGACGCGGGCGGCUCGGCGGCAAGGCGGCUCGGCAGCAACUGCAGCUCAGCAGCUCGGAGACUCGGCGGCUCGGCGGCAGGGCAGAUCGGCAGCAACUGCAGCUCAGCAGCUCAGCGACCCGGCAGCUCGGCGGCAGGGCGGCUCGGCUGCUGCAGGUGAGCGGCUCGGCUGCUGCAGCGGGAGAUGAAGGAGGAGGAGAAGCAGGGGAGGCCACAUACCGGCCCCCUCAGGUCGCCUCGACAGGCGACGGGAAAAGGGGGGGGGGGGGGGGUUGGUGGGGGCCGGUAGGUGCAGCGGCGGGGCCUGCAGGUGCAGUUGCGGGGCCGGUAGAAGGGGACGGCAGGAGCCGUCAGGAGGGGACGGCGGGGCCGUCAGGAGUGGACGGCGGGGCAGGCAGGAAGGGACGGCGGGGCCGUCACGAAGGGUCGCGAAAAAAAAAAGCGAAAAAAUGCCCGCCAUCAGCGGGCGGCGGGGCCGCGUCAGAGGAGGCGGCGGAGCCGCUGCAGAGGAGGCGGCGGGGCCACGUCAAGCAGAGGUGGCGGGGCCGCGUCAGAGGGACAGCGGGGCCGCGAGAGUAA